CCAUCAAUUAGCGCUUGAUGUGAUCUAUAUAUAUAUAUCGAAUAUAAAAAAACUUGUAGAGUGUUACUAUAAAUUGAAGUAGUUGCAUAUAUUGUAGAGAGAGGAAGAAGAAGGCAUGGGAGUAUCAACUCAACUCAACUAUUUUUGGUUCAAUCUCUUUAUACUCUUUUUUUGUUUCUCCAUCUCCUCUAUUUAUGGAUCUGAAGUUGAUUGUGUUUACACAGUUUACGUUCGAACGAGUUCAAAAAUAAAAGCUGGAACUGAUUCCAUCAUCAGCUUGACUCUCUACAAUGCAAACGGGUAUGGUAUUCGAAUCAAUAACUUGGAAGCUUGGGGCGGACUUAUGGGCCCGGGUUACAACUAUUUCGAGAGAGGAAACUUGGACAUUUUCAGUGGCCGAGGCCCAUGUUUAAAUGGGCCCAUCUGUAAGAUGAACUUGACUUCCGAUGGAACAGGCUCCGGCCAUGGAUGGUACUGUAACUACGUUGAAGUCACCGUCACAGGAGUCCAUAGAGAAUGCCGUCAACAGCAUUUCGAAGUGGAGCAGUGGAUCGCGACUGAUCAUUCUCCUUAUCAGCUCACUUUCAUCAAAAAUCUGUGUAGAAAGACGAAGUCCGGGGAAUAUUUGUCCGUCUCUGCUGAGGAUCUGCCUGCUUCCGUUGAGAAUUUGUCCUUCUCCGGUGAGGAUCUGCCUGCUUCCGUUGAGAAUUUACCUGUUUCCGGUGAGAAUCUGGUUGUUUUCGAUGCUGCUGUGAUGUGAUCUAUUAGUCAUUUAUUGGGCUUUGAUUGGGCCUGAGCCCAUAUUUUAUAUUGGAGUAGUGUGAAUUUAUUAAGGGGCAGAAAAGACAAUUGGUAAGGGCUCAGGGUUGUUAUGAUGUUUAUGUUUUCGAGAUGUAGUAUGGUUGAUGAAAACAUUGAUUAUCUAAUGAAUAAUAAGGUCCAAUAUAUAUUAUCAAUA